AUGAGUCCAUCAGCAAAGAAGAGGCCCAAGAAUAGCAUGGUUUCCAAGCCGCAAUAUGAGAAGCCGAGGGACAAGAAGAUAAAGCAGCCUCUCUGCAAAGGAAUUGAGCUGAACAGACUUAAAAUGGUGUUAAGAAACUUGUCACUUUUGAAGAUACUCAAGAGCUCAAAUCCUCGGAUCCAAGACCUGCAUAACCUGGCCAAAAGGUGUUGGAAUUCACUGCUUAGAGUUCCAAAGAUUCUCCACAUUACCUCUGGGGAAGACGACGUCUGCAAUAAAGUGAAGCAAAAUCAUGAAGAGUUCCAGGAGACUAGGUGCCCCAAGACAGAAGCAAAGUCCGAGAGAUUAGAGUCUGCAGGGGAAUCUAAGGAGACAAAGCCCAAGGAGAGGUCAAGGAUGAGGAACAAGGCAAAGGGGUCCCCUAAAGUAGUCCCGUGGCAAGAACAGGUGGAGCCUGAGGCCCCAAGGACAUCGAUGAGUCAUGGCCAGAACACUGGAACCCAGAGGAGGCAACUACUCACUGAGGGCCCUCCAAUAGUCAUCCUGAAUACCAACCAUCACAGAACUCCCAUGGGAGACAUGAAGCAGCGGGUCUGGUUUGAGGGGCUGCCCACACGAGUGCACCUUCCAGCUCCCCGGGUGAUGUGCAGAUCUUCCACUUUGCGCUGGGCUAAGCGCUGCUGCACCCGCUUCUGCUCUGCAUCUCUUGAGCUGCCUAUGUUCCGUUCAUACAAGGUGCUGUGACCCACCGCGGGAGCCGGAAGUGUGAGCAGA